AUGAAGCCCUCGAUGGUUAUUGUUUAUGUUAUCGCGCUUGCGAUCGUCGUCGGUGGCGAGAUCAGGAUCCGCGGCAAAGUAAGAAAAAGGUACACGGCCCACAGGCGGCACCGGGCCGUGCUGCCGCCCUGCGACUUCAAUGAGACUAUUAUCAAUGAUGAGUGGUCCUUGAUGGAAGCGAUAGGCAAAUCGAAGUACAUUUUUACUGGUAAAGUUUUGAAUGUGAAGAAGUUUCGUUCCGAAGAUAAGUUGACGAAGAAAAAAUCGAACUUGUAUACAGUGUACUUGCGCAGAUUGUUGAAGGGGGAUAUGAGUGAAUUGAGGAUGUUUGUUAAGUUAGAAGGAUCAGAGGAUACUUUAAGUGGUUCCACGUUGUUGGUGGAGCGGCCCCGUGCGCGGGAGUCUUGUGCGCCGGCGCCCAGGCCGCGGCUCUCUGCCAUCUUCCUGAGUGACGGCGCCUACGCUGAUAAGGGCAGAGGACCCACACCUAGACUGCGAAUCCUGACAGACCCAGUACCAUUAACAUUAUACCACUUGGACAGAGUGAAUGCUGCUGUUAAAGAUAUGGCAGUAAACAAUAUAACAAUCAAAAUGAAGCUUAAGGUUUUAGUGUUAUUGCUUUACUGCUUUACGAUAAGUUAUGCCCAUUUCCGUAUAAGGGGUGAAGUGAGGAAACGGGAUACGGUUUACCGCAAGAAAGACAUAAACGGAUCCAAAUGUGUUUUAAACGAGACGAUAACUAAUGACUACGAAAUUCUGUCGUCAGCCGUGUCUGAGUCUAAAUACAUUUUCACCGCCAGGGUCCUGAGCGUGAGGAAGAUAAAGCGCGGCACCAAACCCAACGUUAAAGUGUUUAUGUUUUACAAGCUGUACAUUCGGCUGGUCAUAAAGGGGAACAUCGAGGAACUGAGAAGUCACGUCGUUUCAGGAGACGAGCGCACUCUGAACGGUGCGAUAGUCUUAGUCGACUGGCUUCGUACGAACAAGUGCGCUUACAAACUGUAUAGACAUUCAUCGGGUAUAUUUUUGAGUGACGGGUUUUUCGAGGAGUCAUCCGACAGGAACAAGCCUCGGCUGCGGCUGUUGAACGAGCCUCUUCCACUGUCACUCUAUGAUUUGGACAGAGUGAAUGCCGCGUUGAAAGUGAAAAUUAAACUAGCCUGA